AUGCCUCCUAGACGCCGGACUCGUGAGGAAACCCCUCCCAUUCCAGGAGAUGAGCAUACUCCUGGAGGAAUAGCGGAAGCGUUGGGACGUAUUGUGCAGCAGUUGACUGCAGCGCUUCCAGGCUCCAGAACUGACUUUACCAUGGAGCGAGCGAAGAGGCAUGGAGCUUAUAGUUUCUCUCAUGCUCCUGAAGCCAUGGAUGCCCAGAAUUGGUUGAAUAAAAUGGAGAGAGUCUUCACUCAAAUCCAUUGCCCAGAGGAUCGAAAAGUGGGCUUAGCGGUGGAUUUUCUGGAUGGUGUGGCUUUUGAUUGGUGGUCUUAUAUGAGUAGGGAUUUAGAGAUUGAUGGCCCAAUCACUUGGGAACAGUUCAAAGAGCACUUUAGUGAGAGAUAUUUUGGCACAGCCAUUCGGGAUAGGAUGAAAUAUGAGUUCAUGCAUCUACAGAAAGGGGACAUGACCGUAACAGAGUUUGAGCAGCGGUUCACUCAGCUAGCCCAGUUUGUGCCUGAUAUGGUUAGCACUGAGAGGGAGCGGAUUUAUAGGUUUGUGGAUGCUUUGGGGGGUAAGUAUUCUGAUCAGCUGACAGGAGUGUCAUUUAGUGAUUAUGCUGAGGUCGUUAAUGCUGCUUUACGACUUGAGACUAGGUAUAUGUCUGGUACCCGACCUCGGGAUUUGGGUGGCCCCAGUCAGGGCCCACCCAAGAAGGCUGCUUCUACUUCUGGGUCAGGAUCUUCAGCAGGCAGCGGACAGAGCAGUGGGUCUGGUGCUGGAUCUCGUUAUAGACGAGGUGGGCGUGACAGGAGAUUUCCUAAGGGGCAGUUCAGUGGACGCCCGUUUGAGCAGAGCAGAGUUGGUUUUGGUGGUCAGUACAGGGCUCCAGCUAGGCAGCCAGCUCCGUUUGGGCAAUAUCAGUCAGUCGGAUGCUUUGAGUGUGGACAGCAGGGCCACUUUAGGAGGGAUUGUCCUCUAUUGACUCAGAGAGCUGCAUUUACUCCUUAUCAGACUGCGGGCCAGUCUUCUGCCGGUACAUCUACUAGUGGUACCGUGGCUUCUACUAGCGGUACCCAUAUCAGUUCAGCAGCCCGUGGCAGCCCGCAGCGGGGUAGGGGUCAGAGAGGACGUCCUACCACUCAGGCUAGGUUGCAUGCCAUGACACAGCAGGAGGGCCACGACUCACCAGAUGUUAUCAUUGGUACGUUGUCUGUUUUUGGUCAGCCUGCUUAUACUUUAAUUGAUCCUGGUGCAUCGCAUUCUUUUAUGUCGAGUAGAUUUGCAUGUUUUGCGAAUGUGCCAUCAUCACUUCUUAUUGGUGAUUCGAAUGUGUUAUUACCUGCUAGAGCAUCACUUAAGAUAGAAUGGGUUUUUAGAGGUUGUGAUGUUUUGAUUGAGGGUGUUAGUUUGGAGGUUGAUUUAAUUCCAUUAGACCUUGUUGAAUUUGAUGUGAUUUUGGGGAUGGAGUUCUUGGCGACUCAUCGGGCCAAUAUUGAUUGCUUUCGUAAGAUUGUGGUCUUUCAAAGUCCAGGGAAGCCAAUGAUUACUUUUAAGGGAGAACGUAAUGUUCUAGCUUCCUGUAUGAUUUCUGCUUUGACCGCUGAGAAGCUGUUGAAUAAGGGAAGUCAGGCCUAUUUGGCACAUGUGGUGGACACUAGCAGGGAAGAGUUGAGUAUUAGAGAGAUACCAGUGGUUAGGAAAUUUGCAGAUGUAUUUCCUGACGAAUUACCUGGUUUACCUCCUGCUAGGGAGAUAGAUUUCACUAUUGAUUUACUCCCUGGCACCACACCCAUAUCUUUGGCACCUUACAGAAUGGCCCCAGCUGAAUUAAGAGAGUUGAAGAUUCAGUUGCAAGAACUAGUGGAUAAGGGGUUCAUCCAAUCUAGUGUGUCUCCUUGGGGUGACCCGGUUUUAUUUGUUAAGAAGAAGGAUGGUUCUUUACGGUUGUGCAUUGAUUAUCGAAAGUUGAAUAGGGUUACUGUGAAGAAUAAAUACCCUUUGCCUCGUAUUGAUGACCUCUUUGAUCAGUUGAGGGGAGCCAAGGUCUUUUCCAAAAUCGAUUUGAGGUCUGGUUAUCAUCAGUUGAGGAUAAGGGAGUCUGAUGUACCCAAGACUGCAUUUCGAUCACGUUAUGGGCACUACGAAUUUAGAGUAAUGCCGUUUGGAUUGACUAAUGCCCCUGCAGCUUUUAUGGACCUCAUGAAUAGAGUGUUCCGUCCGUACCUUGAUCGAUUUGUGAUUGUGUUCAUUGAUGAUAUCUUGGUGUAUUCAAAGGACAAUAGUCAACAUGCCAAGCAUCUAAGAAUUGUAUUGCGGACUUUGAGGGAGGUCCAGUUAUUUGCAAAGUUCAAUAAAUGUGAAUUUUGGCUGAAUAGUAUUGGAUUCUUGGGUCAUGUUGUAUCUGCAGAAGGUAUUAGUGUGGACCCUCAAAAGGUAGUAGCGGUGCUAAAUUGGGAAAGACCUACCACAGUGACAGAGAUACGUAGUUUCUUGGGUUUGGCAGGUUAUUACCGGAGAUUCGUGCAAGAUUUCUCAAAGAUUGCAACUCCUCUUACAAGGUUGACUAGAAAGGGUGUGAAGUUUGUUUGGUCAGAAGAGUGUGAGCAAAGUUUUCAAGAACUCAAGGGGCGUUUAACUAGUGCUCCGGUCCUAGUUUUGCCAGAUGAUAGUGGGGAGUAUGUGGUAUACAGUGACGCCUCGAGGCAAGGCUUGGGUUGUGUUCUGAUGCAACAUGGAAAUGUGAUUGCCUACGCCUCUAGACAAUUGAAGCCGCAUGAGUUGAAUUACCCGACACAUGACCUUGAAUUAGCUGUGGUAGUACUUGCACUUAAACUUUGGAGGCACUAUUUAUAUAGAGCUCGGUGUCAAAUCUUUACGGAUCAUAAGAGUCUUCAAUAUUUGCUCACACAAAAAGAGAUUAAUUUGAGGCAAAGAAGAUGGUUGGAGUUGAUUAAGGAUUAUGAUUGCACGAUUGAGUAUCAUCCAGGAAGGGCUAAUGUAGUAGCUGACGCUCUUAGUAGGAAGACAUAUCCUUCCCUGUUGCCCUCCCCUUCCUUGUCUCAUAUGAGAACAGUUCGGGUUCCACUUCUUUAUGAAUUGCGAGCUACAGGAGUUAGUUUGGAAGGGACUGAUGAAUUUGCAGCCUGA